AUGAUGCAGCCAGCCAGUGACUGUAUGCCAGCCAGUGAAUGUAAGCCAGCCAGUGACUAUAUGUCAGCCUGUGACUAUAUGUCAGCCUGUGACUAUAUGUCAGCCUUUGACUGUAUGCCAGACAGUGACUAUAUGUCAGCCUGUGACUGUAUGCCAGCUAGUGACUAUAUGUCAGCCUGUGACUGUAUGCCAGCUAGUGACUAUAUGUCAGCCUGUGACUGUAUGCCAGCCAGUGACUAUAUGUCAGCCUGUGACUGUAUGCCAGCCAGUGAAUGUAAGCCAGCCAGUGACUAUAUGUCAGCCUGUGACUGUAUGCCAGCCAGUGAAUGUAAGCCAGCCAGUGACUGUAUGCCAGCCAGUGAAUGUAAGCCAGCCAAUGACUAUAUGUCAGCCUGUGACUAUAUGUCACCCUGUGACUGUAUGCCAGCCAGUGACUAUGUAUCAGCCUGUGACUAUGUGUCAGCCUGUGACUGUAUGCCAGCCAGUGACUAUGUGUCAGCCUGUGACUGUAUGCCAGCCAGUGACUCUAUGUCAGCCUGUGACUAUAUGUCACCCUGUGACUGUAUGCCAGCCAGUGACUAUGUAUCAGCCUGUGACUGUAUGCCAGCCUGUGACUGUAUGCCAGCCAGUGACUCUAUGUCAGCCUGUGACUGUAUGUCAGGCUGUGACUGUAUGCCAGCCAGUGACUAUAUGUCAGCCUGUGACUGUAUGCCAGCCAAUGACUAUGUUUCAGCCUGUGACUAUGUGCCAGCCUGUGACUGUAUGCCAGCCAGUGACUAUGUGUCAGCCUGUGACUGUAUGCCAGCCAGUGACUAUAUGUCAGCCUGUGACUGUAUGCCAGCCCGUGAAUGUAAGCCAGCCAGUGACUAUAUGUCAGCCUGUGACUGUAUGCCAGCCAGUGAAUGUAAGCCAGCCAGUGACUAUAUGUGA